UUUUCGUCAAUCGGUCAGUUGAUCUGAAACAGAUCUACAUAUCGAAGUGAAGAAGUUGUCAGAAAAGAAAAUAGUCAGCCACCGUCAGAAUACUAAAAGUUGUAAAAAAUAUCAAACAUCUUUGGCUAAAGACUUCUUAAGAAAAUACAAAGAAAUGCUUGUGAAUAAAACUUCUGGCCGAUGGCGCCUUGCAUCCCACCUUCCAAACCGAAGAAUUGUGAAGCUUGAUAAGAAGACUCAUGAAGAUGUCAUUGCCAUUAUUGAAAACCUCAGCAAUGAGCAAUGGGGAACUUUGACCAAAGACUUCAAUGAUGUCACCAGAGUGGACUUUGCAAAGAUUUGUGUAGGGAUUGUGCAGCACUUGACAGACACCACCUACAAGAAUAUCAAACUAGCUAUUGAGCAAAUGGUGAGCUUAAGUCAAAAACCAAAGGAGGACACUAUCCAGGGAUCCAAGCCAUCUGCAACAGCUGCAUUACGUCCUCCUACUAUUGUGCCCCCUAUGGAGUCACCUCAGGGGAAUGCUGUCGUCGCAGAAAUUGUGCAGGAGGUCAAACUAGCCCUGUCAGCAGCCUUGGACAACAGGGUGUCAGGGAAAGAUUCAUCCUCUGCCACCACUGAAGGAUGGAGUGCCCUUUUCCUCAGACUGGAAGAGGACACUUUAAGUGCACUCAGGGCGAGACUGGACUGCUCCGAUUUUAUUGCUCAAAAGACUAAGGCCAGCUGUCCGUCGAGUGAGGAUCUUCAGAUGGACUCUGAGGUCAAAGAAACCAGCGGCCUAGCGGUGCCUUCUGAUGAGGAGAGAAGCACUCCACAGCCUGAGGAUGGUGUCGAUGAGCCUGAGACCUCUUCCAAGGAGGAGGAGGUCACGACAGCCUGCACAAAUGAAGUGAUCAGUCAGAUGUAUGAUGCUUACCAAUUAGCUGAGCUGGAGGAGCAGCGUCUCAGAGCUGCCAGAGAAAGAGAAUCAGAAGUGUCCCUCUUGACCGACCAUUUUGUGGACAGUGUAAUGAUCCAGCUCAAAGAGCUAGCCUCCCCUGGGAAGACCUCGGCCUUUCAGUGGAUUCCAAAGGAUGUACUUUUACCAGCUAUUAGGGCUUCACAUGCUGCGGAUCAGGACGUCUUUAGUCCACAGUUCCAGAUCAUAGCUCAGCAGAAGGUUCAGGAGGUCCUGUACUGGCCCUUGACUGGGGAGGCACCUUCGGGUCACGCACCUUCUGCAGCCACAGACAUUGUAGGAGCACUAGUGAGAGGCAUGAGCAAUUUGUCACAUUCAGUUGGAACCUUCAAUUCUGCAGAGGGGGAUAAUGACACCUCGGGCUCAGCUCAGCACAUAUACAACAGUGUCCAGGACAAGGUGAAGGUAUACUUAUGGGGCACGAAGCCCCAUCAGCAGGACAGCGACUCACAGUUAGUUGAGAGCAGCAACGCUUAUGAUACGGAGAGUUCCGGCGAGACAAGUGAAGAUGAUUUCAACUUAGCAUCCUCAGAAGAUGGGGCGUCUCCACAGCCGUCACAAACUAGUCCAUUUCUGGAGAAAAAGCACUCUAACAACGUAGCCAGAUCACGAUCUCCACAGCCGUCACAAACUAGUCCAUUUCUGGAACCACAGUCCUCCCCGGCAUCAUCACCAAUGCGUCACCUCUUGGACACGCCCUCUUGGAGAACGGUCGUUAACAGGGUGCGCAAGUUACUCUGCUGUUCAAGUCCAUCUGAAACAGUUACCCAGACGAAGGAUGAAGACACAUCAAGUGUGGCAGAGGCAGGAACUUCAGCAUUGCACAACCUGUCUGAAGCACAUGUGUCUGAUAUUAUUGUGAUCAUGGACAGAGAGGAUACUUUUUUUCCAGUAUAAACAGUCAGGAUCUCAGGACUCUAAUGUCGACUCAUUGCCCAACACUCCAGAGACCUUUUAAAUGGACUUUCUUAUGUGUGAAGUAAACAUGACAUAGCAGAGGAAUGAAAAUGAUGCCAAGUUAUACUUUAUACUUUUUAAGUUCACUGAUGGUCACAUGGAUGAUGAAGAUGGCGCUGCCGUGUGAGAAGCCUGCUAAUAGCAUAGGCUAAACAGAAGCUAACUUAUGAAUGGAAAGCAGGUGGAGCCUCAGUGAGACAUUUCAGAAUUAUAUUUAAUUUAUCAAACAAUACAUUUAAUCCAGAACUCAUACAGAUUUUGAAACGUAUCGCAUUAGUCAGUUGUACUGUAGAGUACAGAGUGCAGACACUGAUUUUGCAAGUGACUUACGACUUUGGUCAGUAUUUUAAUAUUUUAGGAAAAUACAAAUUACCAUUGUACGUGUUUUCCAACUGUGACAUUUUCUUUGAUCAGCAAUGGAUAUUUGUCCUUCAUUCAUAAGCCAUUCAUGCACUUGACUGUAAUGCCAAAAAUGACAAAAUCAUAAAAUCAAUUACAUUUUUAAGGA